GACACUUACUAGCGAUAUACGCUCCGUUAGGUGGCAGUUGGAGCGCCCGAAAAAAAAAAAAGUAAUCGAUGCUCGUGAAGAGGAGCGUGAUUUAUUUAUUGCUCAAUGGACCAUAAGCUGUGCUGGCACCUGGCAUUCUUUCUGUUCGUAGCCUUGCCAAAAGAUAUUGCAGCGAUUGGGCAACAGGCACAUCGUAAGAAUGAAAAAAAGGAACACAUCGGGUGGCCAAGAUCGGGAACAGUCGAGUGGGAUCACUUCCGAAGGCACGCAUUAUUCAAUAUUUUCACCGUAACGUAGUCCGUGUAAAUGGAAAUGGAGCAGCGGCAAGACAUCGGACGUAUUUUGUAUGGUGGCUCCUGGAAGACUGCUUGAUCACGAAGUAGCGUUCCGAGCAACGCUAAGUUUCAUUCCUUCCAUUAAAAAGAGUAACUGAAUCCUUUUCAGCUCUUAGGGCGACCAGGAAGUUCCCGUACGAGUUGCUUGGGUAUCUAAUCCUCUUGUACUUGGCUCCUCUGUUACUGAGGAGCACGCAUGAGAGCCGGUGCACGUACUUCAUCUUGGUGUCCUGGUGCUGGUGGCUGCUGAAGACCGUCUCUAAGCCGGUAGCAGCCAUCUUUCCCAUCGCUGUGUUCCCGAUCUUUGAUGUCCUGACGGUGGAUCAGUUAUACGGAGAGUAUUUUUCGCUGGAAGGCAUUUCAUUAAUCGCCGUCCUGUGUCUGGCAACUGUGGGCGACACAAUCACAACCUUUAUUCCGCGCCUUGCCUUUCACACCUGCAUCCUGUUCGGCGUCCGCUUGCGCCGCCUUUUCGUCGUUCUGUCGCUCGGUGCCUUCGUCGGAGCUCUCUUCAUCUCAAACUUCAUCAUCGCCGUCGCCAUUAUGUUCAUCGUGGACAAAGUAAUCCGUCUGGCUCACAAGGAGGCGGCCAAAAACUUGGGAAACAUAUCGAGCAGAAGGGGAUCCAGGAGGUCUGUUGAGAGGCUUAGCGUGCUUAGCGUAGAUACGGACCUUUUGAUGGCAAGGCUGGCAUCGAGCGUGAAGUCUCUGCACAUGGUGGAAGAGGAAAAGAAGAAACAGUUAAGCAAGGCGAGACGUCAGCGUCGAUCAAGUAGCCUUAAAGGAGGUCCGCAGAAUGCUACCGAUGCUGGCAAAAGGGUGGCACCGAAGCGAAUGCACAGUAGAAACACCUCACCGACUCGAAUAAAGUCUAACACGCUGGGGACGAAGCCUUACAAGUCUGCUGCACAGCUUGGCGGAAAGUUAAAUGAACCGGACGCGGUGGAGAGACGUCGUGCCGAACACAGCCUGGACAUCUUGAUGCCACCCGUCAUGGACAAGAGACGUGCCUCUGUUGGUUUUGCACGGCUCAGAGGGAUCAGCAUUCCAUCGUUAGGUGACACCAAGGAAACUACGCAACCCGGCGACAAAAUGGCGGACACAGCACCAGUUACGAAGACGUCGGACAUCCCUGGCGUUCCCGGAAGAAACCGCAGGCCAUCUAUCAUGAAGACUUGUGGGCUCGCAGGUAAGAGGCGAUCUAUACAAAUGCACCGGAGGUUAUCUGUCCUGGAGUUCGAGGCACACAUGGCCGCCCAGGACGUGAAAGACGCCCAUCAGAGUUCCUUAGAUGUGGGCUCUCAAAGAAAGAAGAAACCGCACAUUCUAUCCAGUCUCUACGGCGUACCCGUCACUGCACAGGUUGGUCUGAGCGACAAGAGCGUAGGUGACCAUAUCCAACUUGAAGACGAAUACGAAAGAAUUUACCUGGCAGCCAGGAACGCCUUCUUAAUCGCUCCUACGUUGAUGACUGUGACGGGGACUUGGCCCAGCUUCUGGACGCAGCCUGCAAUUGGAGCCUUCGAAACCUACUUUCCCGUGUUAAGUAUCUGGAGGACACCAUACAUGACGACUGUCGUAGGUAUUCUUGUGCUGAUUGGUUCUCUUCUGUCGUCUACUCUCGGCUGCAUCUUCCUCUACGCCGUAAAUCUGCAUCAACUCGAGCCCGAACUGGAAGCAGACUUGGGACCUGAAGUCGUUCAAUACGCUAGUAAGAAGCUGGAGGAAGUUGGGCCACCAAGGCGUGAAGAACUGGUCUUCUUCUGUUGGCUUGCGGCAUACAGCGUUUGCUUCGUCGUCCGCGCAUCAUUGAAUGUUGACGCAAGCGAAGGACAAAUGUGGAUAUUGACCAUGAUUAUGGUGAUGACAUCGGCGUUUGCUUCCCUCUUCAACCCUGAUAUGAUGACACGCAACGUUAUCUGCGGAAAGAUGCCCUGGAAUGUUGUCGUCAUCUUUGGCGGCGCAAGGGCUAUCACCAGGGCAUUCAAGGUGAACAACCUAGUCGGGGUUCUUUUCAGCUUCUUCGAUGCUGAGUUUUGGAGAACACGAUCAUCAAUUGUGAGCCAGAUCUACCUGUCGACGCUCUCGGGAAUAUUGGCCGAAAUGAUCAACAAUGCCACACUGAGCCAACUUCUCAUGCCGGUGCUAUUCAAUAUUGCAGCCACACGAGAUGAACAUCCUUUGUAUUACGCCAUCCCCGUCUCGCUGGCAGCCUCCUCCAACCUCAUCUUACCCAUCUCUUUGCCUCUCAUUAUCUUACACGAUACCAUAGACAUUCCUAUGCAACAACUGGUGGUUGCUGGAGUGACCAUGAAGGUAAUCGCCGUGGCAUCUACGAUCACCUUCAUGAACAUGAUGGGAAAUCAAUUCUUCCGUUGGUCCGACGACGCAAACCCGCCUACGAAUUUAACCCACAAUGACAGCACCGCUUAUGGAAUAUCAAUUUGAUAUCAGCUUGAUGUCGGAAGUACUAUGUUUACUAUUGAAAUUAGCCUGAUCUUUACGUGAUACAACAUCUGGAGUUAUGUUAC